UAUUGAGUAAAAUUUUAACUCAACAUUUUCAAAUAAUUUUUAUAAAAUAAAUAAAUUAUUAUAAAUAAUAAAUUCGAAUAAUUAAGUUAAAUUUGUAUAAAAUUAAGAAAAUUUAAAAAAAUUAAAAAUUGGUGAAAAAAAAGGAGUGGUAAAAGUAUGUGGAAUGAGGAGAUAAAAUACAAUGAAUAAUGACAGAUUUUUGGAAGAGAUAGAGCGUGAAGAAAAGUUGUUAAAUUCGUGGGAUUCCUUUGGAAGUUUAAGUAUUUUCGACUAUUUUAACCGGUUUAAGCAGUUGUCGGAUGUGUUUGAGGAGUAUGAAUCUGAGUUUCCGGAGUUUAGUUUAGAGGUUUUGGACCAUUUUUCCUACUUCGAGGUGGUUGAAAAUGACCGUUUAAAACGACUAAAGACAUUUCUGACCCUGUGCUACAGUGUAAAAUAUUCUACAAAUCGCAAAAUUUGCUAUAAAAUUAAAGAAUCGCCUGAAUUUCAAGUUUUUAGGGAAAUUUUACUCUUUUACCAUAAUGACAAAGUUAACCACCCGGUCACGGGAGAAAAUAAUUUGCUCAAUAAAUUCCCAGUUUGGAGUAAGAAUCUGAGGGAAAUUAGGAUAAAAUUGGCUAGAGGAUUAUUGGACACAAUUCUGGCUGGAAAUUGUGAAUUUCCGGCAAAAUCAAUCACCAAUCAGCUGAAAAAUGAUAUUAAAAUACUCUCAACCCUAAAGAGAAUUAAGGAAUUACAAAUCCCCGUCAACUCCUUACAACUCUUACUACCCUUCAACUCACUCGACGCCAUUCUCUAUCUCUACUCACUCAAUAUCAUCACAGAUGAGUUAUGUUGGUCGCCGUGUAUUGAUGUGGAUUUUGUGAUGAUGUUGAUGGAGUUUGGGUUUAUUCCGAUAGGUUACAGGCUUGUGUUUCCGGCAUUUGAACGUGUGAUUAUUCUACCGAAGAUGCAUCAAUUCAGAUGCUGCCUCGCACCCCUAGACAUUAAAUUACCCAAAAAAGCGCUCAAACUCAAAGAACAACUGCAAAUCACCAUCAACCAAGAUUUCCACCAGGUGAUGAAGGGAAUAGUGGACAAGUUUGGUGAAAAUUGGUUAUAUCCGCCGAUACAACAUGUGUUCUCACUAAUUCAUUUCUACACCAAUUUGCAAUCUUACAUCACUGACAAUAACACUAUGAGUAAGGAUAAUGUGAAUGGUGUGAAAAUGGGUAAAGGGGAGUUGAGUAAGUUAAUAUCAGUUGAAGUUUGGAAAAAUAAACAACUAAUCGCAGGCGAAAUUGGAUUUGUGAAUGGUUCUGUGUAUACGAGUUUGACGGGAUUUCACAGUGUGAGUAACAGCGGGAAGUUCCAAUUAAUCGCUCUGGCGGCUUUACUACACUUCAACGGAUUUGAGUUAUGGGACUUGGGUAUGCACUUGCCGUACAAGACUGAGAUGGGCGCCAAAUGUAUCUCACGCACUUUGUUCAUCCAGGACUUAAAUCGAUACAAAUUCAACGCGAGGAAUCUCGAGAUUCCGAAAAAAUAUAAAAAUGACACAAACUCUACACAACUAAUCAACGAUUUCACAAACCUAAUUUUUUCCAAAAAUUAUUAA